AUGGAGGUGGGUCACCGACGACCGUGGCCCCUGCUCGUAGUCGUACUGCUGCUGGCCGCCACCGCGGCGGCGACGGCGGCACGUCUGGAGCUGGAGCCUGUGACCCAUGGCGGGUACCGGCGCUACAUCGCGUUCAUACACUUCCCCCCUGCCGGCAACGGCAGCCGCCUCCACGACAUGCACAAUAUGGAGGCGCACCGGGCGUACCACGCAUCGCUCCUGCCCAGCAGGACGACGCGCGACGGGCGGGUCCGGCUGCUCUCCUCUUACACUGCGCUCGGCGGGUUCUCCGCCUUGCUGACCGACAGCGAGGCGGAGGACCUGGCCGGGAAGCCUGGCGUCGCAUCGGUGAUGCCGAGCGGCUACCGGUACCCGCAGACGACGCGGACGCCCUACUUCCUUGGCCUCGCGAGCGGCGACGACAUCUUUUCCUGGGUCUGGGUGCAGGCCAGGUAUGGCGCCGGCGUCAUCGUAGGGAUAGUGGACGGCGGGAUCGACUACGAGCACCCUUCGUUCGCCGAUCACGACGGCAGCAUGCCGCCGCCGCCGCCGCGGUGGAAAGGAACCUGCGAGCAGUUCGACUGCACGAACAAGGUGAUCGGUGGGCGCAACCUUGUCAAUCCUGGAGAGGCACCAGACGACGAGAUGAGCGGCCACGGUACCCACACGGCGAGCACGGCGGCGGGCAUUCCCGUGCACGGAGUCUCCUUCAACAGGAAGGGACUCGCCAACGGCACGGCCUCGGGGACGGCUCCCGGGGCUCACGUCGCCGUGUAUAAGGUUUGCGGCCUAGUGGGCAACAGGCAGAGGUGUCCAGAGGCGUUCAUCCUGGAAGGCCUCGACGCGGCGGUGAGAGACGGAGUGGACGUCAUCAGCUUGUCCAUCAGCGGGCCGGCGAGGGUGACCUACGACCGCGACUCCAUCGCGGUGGGCGGCUACAGGGCCAUGGCACGCGGCGUCCCACUGGUGACCGCCGCCGGCAACCAAGGCCCGGACGUGUCGUCGGUGCAAAACGACGCACCCUGGCUCUUCACCAUCGGAGCCGGCACCGUCGACCGGUCUCUCCAGUCGAAACUGCUGCUGAGGCCGGAGUCGUCUGGUGGCGAUCCUCUCGUCGGCGAGUCCUGCGGCGGGGACUGGACGGCCGACGGGUGGCAGACGACAACCGCGCCGGCGAACCUCUCCUACCAGUACGACGCCCUGGGAAGAAGAGACCGCUACUGUAUGUUCCCGGAGAAGGAGCUGCAGGAGCGCGUGCAGAACAAGGUGGUAGUGUGCGACGCGGCGACUCCCAUGGACCAGCCCGACAAGCUGCUGGCAGCCGGCGCCACGGCCGUCGUCCUCGUCGGGACCCCGAAGCAGGGCUUCACGUUCCAGCUCAAGGGCUACACGUCUCCACGGGUCAUCCAGGUAUCGAACGACGACCACUUGAAGCUCAAGGACUACGCCCUCUCGUCGUCGUCUGCAUCCUUGACGCCGGUGGGUACAGUGCUCGGCUUCACGCCCGCGCCGCUCGUUGGCUACUUCUCGGGGCGAGGGCCCAGCAAGCUCACGCCCGGGAUCGCCAAGCCCGACCUCCUCGCCCCCGGCGUGAACGUCCUCGCCGGGGUGCCCUACAAUCAGGACGGCAUCGACUACAAGUUCAUGAGCGGGACCUCCAUGGCGACGCCCCACGUCGCCGGCCUCCUCAGGAGGAUGCACGCAGACUGGUCUCCCGCGGCGAUCAGGUCCGCGCUCAUGACCACCGCCGACGUCCUGGACAACGCCGGCAAUGCGAUCGGGAACGAGCACAAGACACCUGCCGGGAUCUACUCGACGGGAGCCGGCCACGUCAACAUCACCCGAGCCCUGGACCCGGGCCUCGUCUACGACAUCGGGGAGGCGGACUACGCCGCGCUCGUCUGCUCCGUCCUCAACGAAGACGCAUUCCGCAGGAUCACCGACGACGCCACCGCGAGCUGCUCCGUCUUGCCCACCAUGCGUGAGGCGGACCUCAACUACCCGUCCAUCACCGUACCCCUGCUGCCGACCACCUUCGUCCUCAAACGGACGGUGACCAACGUCGCAGCAACCUCAUUUGACGGUCAGCCGGAGACCUACCUCAUCAGCGUCGAUGUGCCCGGUGACGUGGGGGUCACAGUGGAGCCGAGCUCCCUGAAGUUCACGUCACCGGGCCAGAAGGCUUCGUACACGCUGUAUGUCGCCUCCUACGGCACGCCGGCCGCUGGACGCGUGUACCACGGCGCGGUCACGCUCGCGUCAGCCAAGCACACCGUGCGGAGCCCGAUGAUCGCCGUCGUGGACCUCCCCGCUCCCAAACCUCCGACGUCUUGGAAGCAGCUGCUGCUUCCGCACCACUGA